CACUAUAUACCCCCAACAGCAACCUUUUGCCAGCAUUCAUAUCUGUCCGCAAUAGGCAUUCAUUCACAUUCUCGCGGGCGAGAUCACCGCCAAAUCGCUGCAAUGGCGGACGUCCGGGAUCUUCGCAUCGUCAUCAUCGGUGCAGGCAUGGGGGGCCUGGGAACAGCCCUGGCCUUUGCCAAGAAGGGGUUCAAGCACAUCGACGUCUUCGAGACGGCGUCGAAUCUGGGCUUCGUCGGCGCCGGCAUCCAGAUGCCGCCCAAUGUCGUCCGCGUGCUCAGCCGGCUCGGAUGCUGGGACGAGAUCUUCGCCGAGGCGACCAACGUCAAGGCCACCAGCAUAAGGCAGGGGAGCACGAACGCCGAGCUCUCACACGUCGAGAUGCCGGACAUUGAAGAGAAAUACGGCUUCCCCCACUGCACGGGACACCGGUCGUCGCUGGCGGGCGGCCUGUUCAACGGGUGCAAGAAGGAGAGUGCGAUUAAGUUCCACUUCUCAACGGCGCUGGUCCGGGUCAACUCGUUCGCCGGCAAGCCGGUCAUCACGCUCAAGCCGCGCGACGGCGACGAGUACACGCUCGAGACGGACAUCCUGCUGGCGGCGGACGGCAUCAAGUCGGUGACGCGCACGCAGAUGCUCGCCGAGCUGGGCACCGAGGCGCAGGAGGAGGACACGGGCCAGGCCGCCUACCGCAUCAUGCUCAAGCGGUCCGAGAUGGAGCACGACCCGGAGAUGCUGGCGCUGCUCGACAGCGACACGGUGGUGCGCUGGGUCGGCGAGAAGCGGCACAUCAUCGCCUACCCGGUCAGCAACAAGCAGAUCUACAACCUGUCGUCGGCCCAGCCCGACGUCAACUUCGCGUCCGCCACCAACGCGACCUACACGACCAAGGGGUCCAAGGCGGCCAUGCUCAAGGUGUACGAGGACUUCUGCCCGCUCGUGCACCGCAUGCUCAACCUGGUGCCCGACGGCGAGGUGUGCGAGUGGAAGCUGCGGUCGCACAAGCCGCUGCCGACGUGGGUGCACGGGUCGGUGGCGCUGCUGGGCGACGCGUGCCACCCGACGCUGCCGCACCUGAGCCAGGGCGCGGCGAUGGCGAUCGAGGACGGCGCCGUCCUGGCCGAGGUCGUCAGCAAGAUCCCCGCGGACAAGGCCCGCGACCCCGGGACGAUCACCAAGGCGCUCAAGGUGUACGAGCUGCUGCGCAAGCCGCACUGCACCGCCCUGGUCGACCUGGCGGCCCACUCGGGCCGCAUCCUGCACCUCGGGGAGGGCAAGGCCAAGGAGGAGCGGGAUCGCGAGUUCGCCCAGAACGGCAAGCUGGGCACGGUCCCCGACAAGUGGGCCAGCCCGGACGUCCAGAAGAUGAUCUACUCGCACGACUGCGUCAAGGAGGCCGUCGAGAACUUUGAUCGGCUGUUCGCCACUUUGUGAGCUUUUUUUCUGUUUGUAUUCCUUGUCGUUUCGGGCGCAGGGCCGUUUCGCAUACAAAAUGCUUUGUGUAUCCUUAGGAAAGCAUGUUGAUCCUCUCGGUAUGGAAUACAUCG